AUGUCAAUAUAUUUUCAAGAUUGGUCGGGUGGAUCUAAUGCAACUAUAAUACAGAUCACGAUGCAACAACAUCCCAAUGAGCAUCUUAACUUUACCAAAUUUGGAGCCAUCUUCGUCACCGAUGAUCCAAUAACGAAAGGUUUUGAUGGAAACUCGACCCAAGUUGGACGAGCGCAAGGUAUGUAUGUGACUUCGGCUUUAGAUGGAUCUAAUACACAUGUCCUAAUAUCAAUUGUCUUCACUAAUGAGGAGUACAAAGGUAGUACUCUUGAAAUACAAGGAAGUAGUGCUCAGUUUGAUAGAGUGAGAGAAGUGGCCGUGGUCGGUGGCACUGGAAAAUUUCGUCUUGCACGUGGUUAUGUGAGUUUUGAGACCAUUUAUUAUGACCCUACAAUUUACUACGUGGUUGUUCAAUGUAAUGUUACUGUAUUACACUAUUGA